AUGACUGAUAUAACUAAGGUUUUUCGAGCUGUUAUAAAAGCUAAACAAGUAACAAAUGAUUUUAAUCUUGGUUUAAAUAAACGUGUGAAAAAAAAUGAAAAAAUUUCAACAAAUUUUUUAUCACGAGCAAAACUAAUUCUUAAUGAUAUAAUAAAAUUAAAGCAUAUUUUACUUAAUUUUCGUACAAUUUAUUUAAGUCCACAUUAUCUUUUAUCAUCAACAAAUAAAAUUAUGAAUGAUGAACAACGUCAAGAAUUCGAACAUAAUAUUGAAAAACAAAUAAAACAAUGUCGAGAUGAUUUAGAACAAUUAAAAUCAUCUAUUGGGCAAAUUUGUUUUCAAGGACAACGUCGUUCACAUUUUGAAUUAGUUUGUGCUUAUUUAGAACGUGAUCUAGUUGAAUGUACUAAAAUUUAUAGUGAACAAAAAUGUUUACGAUAUAAAUGUGAAUCACAAAGAAAAAAAAUUGGUCGACUUGAUACUGAUGAUCAACGUGUCAUAUUAAAUGUUCAUAAAAAAGAUAAUCGAAAAAAAACGAAUGAUCUUAUCGAUGGUACAAAAAAGUCAACAAACACAAUUGAGAACAAUUCUAAUAAUGUAACUGCUACUACUACGACUACUAAUUAUUUUGACCAAGAUAAUCAUAUUGAACAUGAUGAAGAAAAUCAAAUUCCAUCAACUCCACCGACUGGUAGUGAAAUUCGGCAAUUACAACUAGAAAAUGAUCAAUUAUAUCAUGAUGUUGCUCAACGUAGUGAAGAAAUUCAUGCUAUAUCAACACAAGUUGUUGAAAUAGCACAAUUACAAAAUGAACUAUUCGAUAAUAUACUUAUGCAAAAAGAUCUUAUUCAAGAAGUUGACACGGCAGCUGUUGCUAGUAAUGAUGAUUUAGCUGCUGCUAUUAUACAUAUUCGUGAUGCAAUUCGAAAUACAGCACAAAUGCGUCGUUGGGUUAUAUUUUUUUUACUUGUUAUGAUUUUUUCACUUCUCUUUCUUGAUUGGUAUAAUGUAUAG